CAGUCGCUAUCUGAUUAAUAUUGAGUUUGACAGCGUGUUUUAUAUUCAUUCUAAUUGUUAUAAGAUUUUUAUUAAUCCUUUCUGUAAGAUAAAAUUGUAAUCCACUAUGGACAAUAAAUCCGACGAAUCAGCUCUACCUGAGAAAACAAUAUUUAAUACGAUAGCGCAAGGUGACCUGACCGAAUUUAAGAAUAUCCUCGCUCAACAUAAGGGCAGCGUCGAUUUCUUUGACGAAAAUGGUAUGACGGCACUUCAGCACGCCGCUUAUAAGGGUAAUAAGGACAUGGUGCAAUUACUGCUUGAUAGGGGUGCGGACGUAAACUCCGGUAAACAUGAAUACAAUUAUACUGCAUUACAUUUCGGUGCUCUGUCAGGGAAUUCAGAGGUUUGUAAGUUGCUGUUAGAUGCUGGAGCUAAACCAACGGCAACCAACUCCGUGGGCCGCACUGCCUCACAAAUGGCAGCUUUCGUUGGUAACCACCACACUGUGGCUACAAUUAAUAACUAUAUACCGAAUAGUGAAAUUUCCUACUACUCAAUGUCUCAAGGGCAACAAACCGAACCAUACCUACAACCAUUCCUAGUUGAACCUCUCCAUAAAUUCGUUCUUGGUGUAAAUAUUCAUCCAGUUAGGUUGGCUCUUAACCUACAACAUUUGCCAGCUUUAUUAGAUAAUGCAGAGAAAGUAAGUAAAGUUCUUGAGAUGCUUUGUAAAAAAGAAAUGACCCGAGGAAGUGACACUAAUGAAGUGAUGGCAUUUAAGUAUCAUUACCUCGCUUACAUUUUGAAAGAAUUGAACAAUAUAAGAGAUAAGCAGAAACCUAAUAAUGAAAGCAAGGAAGAUAAGAAACAUGACAUUGUCGAAGUUUUUGCUAAAAAGCUUUUGAAACCUGGAAAAGAUGGUAUUUCAUUAGAUCUGAUGGACUCAUUCCUCAAAGAUUGUGUCCGCGAGUUUCCUUACAGAGAAUGUACCACAUUCCACCAGAUGGUGAGUUCAUUAACAAGCAAGGAUCCUCCACCGGCUUUGACAGUCAUUAACUGUACCAUAAAUGGCCAAAGAGGAUUUGUAGAUGCUAUUCCUUAUUGUAGUACUUGUGGUGAAGAGAAACCAGCUAAGAAGUGUUCAAAAUGUAAAACAGUACAGUACUGCGAUCGGGAAUGCCAACGCCUUCAUUGGUUUGUCCAUAAAAAGGCUUGUAACAGAGAAUCAAGUGUCCCCAUCACCAACUCCAAACCUGCAGUGGAUGCCACUGAGAUUACCGCUGAGUUACAAAAUCUUGUAGCUGGAUAGUUUAUAGUUCAGUUAAAAUAAAUACUAUGGUUUUAAAUUUAAGGCUUAAGGCCAUAAACUCAGAAUUGUUUGACUUGAACUUAAGACGAUACCCAUUUACAUAUUCCAUUUCAUUGCAAAAUGCUUAAAAUAAUGAGCAAAAACUAUCAAUAUAUAUUUAAUUUGUAUCAACUUUUCCAUAUCAGACAUACAAUAUAUUCUGCUCAAUAAUACUUUGAAAAGAAGUUCAUUAUUGAAUUUACUUUGCAUUUAACUAAAACCAUGUAAAGAGCCAUAUACUAGACUAUAAAACCCAGAGGCCUAACAACACUAUGUUAAAAAUGAUUUUGUCAAUUCUGUAUUUUUGCUCUUUACCUUUGUAUUGGUGACUGUAGAGAGAGGCACAAAUUUCUUAUUGUAUUGUAGUCUUUGUUUGUAUUCCAUAUGCAUUUAGAAAAUAUAUGUUGCUUCACUUUAAUGUUUCGGGCUAUCUAUAUCAUGUCAUUUUUUUUCUCUCUGGACAAAAACCAUAGACA